AAGAAAUGUAAAAUACCUGGCAAUAUAAGGAGGCAACUUUGGGGGUGGUUCUGUUCUCAGCAUCUAACUCUUCCAAGUGAUUUAUUUCAAUGCUCCUCCAAUUUUCUGCUGGUAGUUUUCAAGUGUUGGCGAUAUUUCCAUCAUUUUCCCUAAAUUUAAGACUUCUUCUCAAGUUUCAUCUUCUGUCCACUUUAUAUUCUAGAAUCCAGAAGAUUGCCAUGGGGCCGCUAUGCUACCGAGAGAAUAUGGUGGGUUUUGUAUUCAGAUGAGAUUGCAUUACAGCCCAUUUGCUCCGUUUCUUCUUCAUUGGAUUGAAUGGAUGGAUUUCAAUUGCACAGAUCCAGUUCCAAGUUUCUUGGGCCUUUUCCACAUACUCUUGUACAAGGUAUACGUCGAUGGAAAACCGUUGGUGUCGCCAAGAGAAAGAAAAGCCACCCUCAAGGAGUUCUAUGGUCCGUACUUCUCUCCUAACUUCUUCUUUUCCAGAAUCGAGCAGAUUGGUUCAAAAUUAUUUACUAUCGAAACCAUGGCAGCUGUAAUAUACCCUUCACUCAGGCAACUUCAAAGUGGGCGUGUUGAUUCAAAAGAAGAGACUUCGCCUAGGAAGAUAACAGAGGAUGAACAAAAGCUAUCUAAUGAAGAUCUUCAGAGGGAUGAAGAGUGUGGGAUAUGCAUGGAGAACUGUAGAGAUGUCGUCUUGCCAAAUUGUGGUCAUUCGAUGUGCCUCAACUGCUUUAAAGACUGGAGUGCGAGAUCACGUUCCUGUCCAUUCUGUCGUAACUGUCUAAAUAGGUUGAGCACCAGGGAUCUAUGGAUUCUUACAAGCGAUACUGAAAUCAUCGACUCCGAAACUCUUGCCAAGGAAAAUUUAUUACAUUUCUACCUUUACACCGAAAGCCUCCCACUAUUUCAACCAGACAUGAAUAUUUUUAUACCAGAUUAUAUGUUGUGAUCCAUCAGAAGAAAGAAACAUUAUCCGACUCCUUGACAAGACUUGUAUAUAACUUCAGUUGAGGGAACCCCCUUCGCAACAUGGGAGGAAGAUUCUGGAAAUCUACAAAUUGGAUAAUAGGAGAUGUCAAAACAAUGGCUUCUCAAGUACAAGACAGUCAUCUAGAUCGUAUCCAAACUAUUGUGUAAGCUUGAUUCUCUGCUAAUAUCAUCUGUACAGAUUCACGAGAUUGCAAGAUAGAAAGAUAGAGAGAGAAUGAGAGAGCAUUUAUCUGUAUGAUUCCUACAGCUAAUCCAAUGGUUUCUUUUCUCCUUUCUCA